AUGGCUAUCUCUUCCAACGACGUGCUUUCUUCUAUGUUCCCAGCAGGUAUCAGUGUCUUUGCCAUUGACGAAGACAUCAAAGUCCUUCAAAGCAUCGAGCAAAUGUGUAUGGAGAAUAACUAUCAAGUCACCGCAUGCAACGAUUGUACAUUUGCUUUGAAUCUUGUUAAUGACGGAAGAUUGAGUUUUGAUAUCAUACUCAUUGAUGUUCGUAUGUCAAAUACGGAUGGCUACGAAUUUCUUCGCCAUGCUUUCCAAGACAUCGAUAUUUGUGUUAGUAAUGAUGUGCAAUUUGCAGUGAUGUCCGAUAAUGAUGAUCCAAAUGUGGUAUUAGAGUCAAUUAAUGACGGGGCUUGUGAUUUUUGGAUUAAACCACUGCGUGAGGAGCAAAUUAAGAAUAUCUGGCGGCAUGUUGCAAGGAAAGUUUUGAAUGAUAAAAAAGAACAAACGAAUCUUGGCAGUCUGGAAAAUAACAAUGACCAAAAUAAAAGGAAUAACGAUUCUGAAGUGAAUUCUUAUGUGAUCGAUGCAACAGAAGGAGUCCAAACAAAUAGCAAUUUAAACGAAGCUGAUGAAUCAGAGAGUUAG